UUACAGGUGCACUUGUGUCCUGCAUGGCUUUUUGGUUCUGAGGUUCAGCAGUCAUGAGCUCCACUCUUCUCAUUUCUUGCCUUCUCUUGGCUCCAUAUCUCUGCUCUGGUCAGUGGUGCUACGAGAGUCAGAACACAUGUGAUGAUAAAUGCAAAGGUCCCAGGCAGUGGGUUUCAGAUUUUCCAGCUUGUGGAGGACAGCGCCAGUCACCAAUUAAUAUCAUCACACGCAAGGUCCAGUACGACCCCAGCCUGACCCCUAUCAUGUUUGAGGGUUACACUGAAGUAAUGAAUAUUACUGUGACAAAUGUUGGAUAUGCUGCUGCCUUUUCUCUCCCUCCCUCUGUCCGGAUCUCUGGCGGGGGGCUGCCCGGCAAAUACAAGGCCCUUCAGUUUCACCUGCACUGGGGAUCAGACUGUGGGCCAGGGUCAGAACACACUGUGGACGGAGAGCAAUACCCCAUGGAGGUUCAUAUUGUUCAUAUAAAAGAGGAAUACAGCACCCUGAAGGAAGCCAUGAAUGACUCAGUGGGAGUAGCAGCUCUUGGCUUCUUCUUCGAGGUGUCACCAAGAGAAAACAAACAGCUGAAUAAAAUUAUUGAUGCUUUAGGAAGAGUUCGCUACAAUGGGAACAGCACUGAUAUCAGAGGGUUCCAGCUUGGUGACCUGUUGAUCUCGUUGGAGAACUUUUCUGGUUAUUACCGUUAUGCUGGUUCACUGACCACACCAAGCUGUGACGAGGCCAUCAUCUGGACCCUCUUCAAACAGCCCAUCCCUGUGAGCCAAGAUCAGCUGAACAUAAUAAUCAGACAGAUGCUUUUCUCAACGGGAAAGCCCAUGAUUGACAUCUUCCGUCCAGUGCUGAAUCUAAAUGGCCGAACUGUGUACACAUCUCAUGCAUGUCCCUGUGUGUUAUUAAGUCUAAUCACACUGUUAUUAUGCCUCAUAUUUGUAUUUGAACUGAUAUAGUGAUGCAAUGAAUAUUUACAUUGUAGGGAUGCACCAAAGUUAAAAUUUCCAUCAAAAACAGAAACUGAACAAAGUUACCAAUUGGCUGAAAUAGCAAAAAUAAAAAUAUAAAAAAACACAAUUUUCAUCACUGAAUAACUAACUACCAUAGUCUACAUAGUCUGAGAAAUAAACAAAACUAACACUUGAUUUAUUUGUAUUCAACAAUUUAACAUCCCAGGCACACAAACGCAUUAAAUUUACCUCAGAAGUGCCCUUCUAAUCAUUAGCACUGCUGUCACACAUUUAGCUUAGCUUGCAAUUUUAGUCAUAAAUUUACCUCAGUAGUGCUACUCAAGUCACAUGUGAGUAAAAUUUACAAAGAAAGGCAGUUAGACAUUCUGCAAACAAACAAAUGCUAAGGCUAAGUUAGCUCACCUAACGUUACUAUCUUUCAGCUGAAAAACAGCAAGUUUGUGAAGAGGUUGGAAACUCAGUAAACUCAUAACAAGCAUGUUAAGAGAUACUGAACAAUUUAGUUUUCAUUACAUUUAGUUAGUGUAAGUAGAGUGUAAAAAUGAACAUAAACCUGCACUUUGCUGGCUCUCCCUACCCACUCAGUUUACAGCAGUUGGGGGAGGAGUGGGGUGGAGUGUGGGCCUACUGUUAAUGCAUAAAUAUCUUAACAUUUCAGAAAAUUGCAAUAUGACAUAAAAUAAACAAAUGAGUUUUCUUUUACAAUAUCUUCGGUUGGCAAAUUUCAGUGCAUCCCUAUUAGAUAGUGUAUUAAGUUUACAAAAUGUGUAGUCAGUUUUCAAACAAAUAGCAAUACAUGUACAUACCUGGGUAAAGAAUAGCAAAAAUGGGCCUUAUUAAACAAAAAAAGAAAAAGUUUAUUCUUUGCUGUCAAUGUGUAGCCUAAGAGUAGGAUUUUUUUUUGCUGUGGUUCACCACAGAAACACGUAAAAGCUGUGAUAUGUCCUAAAACUCGUAACAGCACCAGAGGAUGUUUCUGCAAAAAAAUAUUGUACUUAAAUAUGACAGUGCUUUGAUUUAGAUUGAUUUAUCAGAGAUUAUUUUUUUUGUAAUGUGUUAUCAACAGGUAGCAUAGGAGAAUCUGCAAAAGUGCUCAUAUGAUAUUUUAUGUUUACAAUAUCAUCAAUUAUUACAAGAAAUGAG